UUGUUGAGGCCGCGAAGCGAUCUGGCGAUGUCACCCUGUGACAGUCGAAGAGUGAGACGGUAUUGAUGCUUUUGUUUUGCUCUCAUUUAUCCAUGUACUUUUGAAGUCUUGUAAAGCGUCACAGAUGUGUAGUUAUUUCGCGUACGUGAGGUGGCUACGAUCGCUGCGAAUCGCGCCAGCUCUCGGAAAGACAUCACAUUCGCAUAAGUUAUAAUACGAUAUCAGUUCUAACAGGAAGCUCACGCUCUAUGCAGAGUCAAAACGACACCUUCUGAUCUAGCCCUUAAAUGGAUUAUCGACGCCUCUCCUCUGAACGUCCUCCUGCACCUAGCCACGAUGAUCACGAACAGGGCGAUGAUCGCUUUGGCCGAGAGACUACCCCAUUGUCGUCGACCAUCUCCCGUCCGUCCAGCUCGAUCGCUCUCGAUGGUCUGCCCGUAAGGCACACGAGGAGGGAUGAUUGGAGUUUCUGGUUGCUGGGUGCGGUCAUCUUGUUGUCAUGGAACGUACUCAUUUGCACCUUGCCGUUAUUCCAAGCGCUAUUACCGCCAACUUCGGGACUCCGGCACACCCUUCCGAGUUAUAUCACGACGGUCUACACGUUGGGCAACUUUGUCUUUCUCGGCCUCGCACAACGAGGUGUCGGCAAGGUCUCGCAAUCGAAUCGCCUCAAGAAAUCGCUCUACGCCCUGCUCUUCCUGACGGUCCUUACUCCGCUCUUUCUAUCCACUCUCUUCCCAACGCUCUCUCCAGUACCCUUUUUCGUCCUCCUUAUCCUCCUUACCCUAUCCUUCUCCCUCUUGACGUCUUUCCUACAAUCGUCAAGUAUCGCCAUCGCCGCUCUGCAUGGGAGCAAGGAGAUGCUCUGCGUCAUGUCCGGUCAAGGAGGAGUCGCCGUGCUGAUCGCGAGCGUGCAGCUAUAUUUGGGGAUAGUUUCGGUCUGGGGAGGAGACGAGGGGAACCCAACACCGCCGGACGAACAUCUACAUACCAGCGUCGUUGCCGUGGGAGAAGGAUCUGGGGUCUCGAACGCUCAACUCAGCUCCGGGGUCGGAUUGUGGGCUAUCUCUACAGUCCCGAUCCUGAUGUGCAUCAUGGUCGGCAAACGGUUAUUGCACCUGGAUUCAACCUCAGCAACUUCAGGAUCACAGUCGAGGUACUCGUCGCAGGUUGGCAAAGCACGGGCGGAGAUCCACAACGAGGUGGACGAGACGCUGGAUUUCGAACAUCCGGGCAGAGACACCAUACGUACUUCGACACAUCCGAGCCGGAACGAAGGACAACCAACUAGAUCUGGGCCGAAUGCGUAUAACGAUGAAACUCCGCUUACCGAGAACGACGAAGAGGACAGCGAAAGGCAACUUCGAUUCGUGGCCGAGGAAGACGAGGAAGAACAUCUACGUCAUACCGCCGCCGCGAAAGGGUGGAGAGGAAUGAAGGGAAUGAUGUGGAAGAACAGGGUCGUAUACUUCAGCGUGGCCUGGGUCUUUGUCGUUACGCUUGCGGUAUUCCCUCCGAUCACAACAACCAUUCUUUCGGUACAUGACCCUGUGCCCAGAUUCCUUGUCCCUUCGAUCUUUCUGCCGCUGCAUUUCCUGGUUUUCAACCUCUCGGAUUACAUUGGCCGGACAUACCUUCCCGCUCGCCCUGGAUUCCUUAUCACGUCGCAUCGCAAACUGCUGCUCGCCUCGCUCGGCCGAACGCUCUUCAUUCCCCUCUUCCUACUCUGCAAUACCGGAUUUCGUCGAGUACCUCUGAUCAACUCAGAUCUCGUCUACCUGUUCAUCCUGUUCUGUUUCGGGGCAAGCAACGGUUACAUCUCUUCCUUGGGAAUGAUACUCGCCUCUUCUCCGUCGCUAAAUCCCAUGAUCAAGGAGUCGGAAAAGGACAUCUCGGGAUCGCUAGCUGGAUUUUGCUUGACGGCUGGGUUGGCAGUCGGAAGUAUGGCGAGUUUUUUGGUGAGGUGGAUUGUGCGAGGCGGCAACCCUUUCAUUGAUUAGUAGGCUCAAGUUGUAUUCAGACGGAGAAUGGGAUACAAUGCACAGCAUAACUCGCUAGAUGUCAGAUGCUUAAUCAACAAUCACUUGUAUCUGCUACGUGGUUUUACAGGAGAGCUAGAACAUGGGAAGGUCGUGUCGUUAUGAAAGGUCGUCUUGUUAUGUUCUUCGCGAUCGGUCGCGUCAAGGUCCUCAGUCCGAGCUUUGCUCGCCGGAUUCGUCGCCGUGCUUGCCGCCAAUCACCGCGUUAUUUGUCGACCUACUGAAGAGACUGAGGACCUUGGAAAAGUCCGC